AGAGGUCGAAUUCAUUUGUAAGGAGUGACAAGAUAGUAAAUAGAGAUUUCACUCCUUAAAACCCCAAGCAAGGCCUUUCAUUCCCAAAUUUGUUAGCAAAAUUACUUGAAAAUGGCCAUUAACACUGAAUGUACUUCUCCUCCACCUCCUCCUCCGAGGAUCGGUAAGAUCGGGCCAUACACGGUUUUCAUGACCCCUCCACCCACACCCAAAUCCGGUUCUACCGAGCUACCACCACCAGUUCAGCUGCAACCGGUUCAAACACCACCGGUUCAGGUGGUCGAUAAGUCAUGUCCGGUUUGGUCUCCUCCAAUGCAGUAUGAUAAACCCUCUCACUCUUCUUUUGGGUUUUUCUGGAACGCUGUCGCUAAAGUUCAAAAUGCUCAUGCGAGUUUGGAUGAACAAGUGGCAUACUGGUUUGGAUUGAAUCAGUCGAAGUAUCAGUGGGCAUUAGAUGAUUACUAUGAGAGCAAAAAUAUUAACCAGGCCGAAGAAAAAGCAAAAGUCUUAGCUAGCAAAUUAGAGAAUGUAUGAUAUGCCAAUGGAGAAGGUAUAAAAUCUUGUCAGGAUGUGCUAUUUGUUUCGUCUUGUCAUAUAUAUGUGUGAUUGUCACACAUUUUUAGCUGCUAUGGUGCCGCAGCUAACAAUGUCGCGUUGUAUGGUGCAGCAGCUAACAGUGCUGCUUGUGAAGUUAUUUAUGUUAUCUAUUACAAUAUAUAUCUAUGUACUUGUGUUACUGGUAGAAAGUUUCUUUCAGUUAAGGGAUUUUGCUGUUUCUACUUGUCAUUUUGGUAUCCUAUCCACCUACUGAUAUUACCGCGAGCAAUUUGGAGGGAAGCACUCAACGGUACAAUAUUUAUUAAACACAAAUCAGUUAUGUUUUCCUUUUGAUAAAUGAAUAAUCAAAAUCACCUUCCAGGUGCACAACAAUGAAUGAAUUUGUGACACGCACAUCUAUUCAUUACUUGCUUGUAUAA